UGCGGUUAUAUGCAAUAAUGUAUCGGGUUUAAUGAAUUUGUAGUCGAUGGACAUUUAAAAGGGAAAUAAUAACAUCCACUAUCUACUCCUUUUAUUCUUUAGUGCUGUUAGUUUGUUUUUUUUUUCAUCACACGUGAAAUGGGCAAGAAAAGAAAAAAGAAGCGGGAAGCACAGGGGGUUGAUUUUGCAGAGAACUUUGAUAGUAUAAUCGAAAAUAUUCAAAAGGAAAUAAGGAGUUUGAACAAGUCAAAUAAUUUAAUUGUUGGUACAAAUGCUGUUUUGAGGGGACUGGAGAAAAACUCUUUAUCCAUUGUCAUGCUGAAUCCUGAGAAAGCUAGUUCAGCUAUUUACCACUCAUUGAAAAUGUGGUGCAAGAAAACGGGUGUAUUAUUCAUAUCUUUGAAAACAGGCUGUGAACUGCUACAAGACAAGAAACUACUUUCAUCUGCAACUUUUGGAGUAAAAAAAAAUGAAUUGUGCAUAAAUCAGAAGUUGUCUGAUCUUCUAAGAAAAAUAAACUUCAGACUAAAGCACUCAAAAAGGUUAGAUCAAAAUGUGACUUGUUCAACAAUGGAUGAUGAAUCAUUUAUUAAAAGCGAAACUCUUGAAGAAAUAAAUAAAUUUCAAAGUAACUCAAAUGUCAUUGAACACAAUUCAGAGAAAGACUAUUAUCAUUCAAAAUGUAUUGCUCGUAGUACUAAACUGAAAAAUGAAAAUUUCUUAUCGUUAGAGACUAAUUUAGAACCAAAUGUAGAAUUCAUAAAUUACGAAAAGCAAAGAAUGUCUAAUUUCAGCGUACAUGUAAGAUAAUGUACAGUGAUUAAGAUAUGAGUUGAUGCCAUUUUUUUUUAAUUUGCUUCAGUGUAUAUUUUACUUUUUAAAAUAAAACAUUUC